CAAUCAAACAGCCAGUUUACCUACCAAUUCCCAAUCUCUCUUCCUGUAUAUAAACCCACGUGGGCUGGCUCGUAUAAUCACACCACAACCCGAGCAUUCUGCAACCACUUUCAUCAACGUCUCCUACGCUCACCGUUCGUUGCUCCGCACAUCAGCAGGACUUGCCAAUGGCGGGAGACGGCGAGCUGAAGCUGCUGGGCGUGUGGACGAGCCCGUUCGUCAUCAGGGUGCGCGUGGUGCUCAACCUCAAGUCGCUGCCGUACGAGUACGUGGAGGAGAGCCUGGGCAGCAAGAGCGCGCUCCUCCUGGGCUCCAACCCGGUGCACCAGAGCGUGCCCGUCCUCCUCCACGGCGGCCGCCCCGUGAACGAGUCCCAGGUCAUCGUGCAGUACAUCGACGAGGUCUGGGCGGGGGCCGGCCCGUCCGUGCUCCCGGCCGACCCCUACGAGCGCGCCACGGCGCGCUUCUGGGCGGCGUACGUCGACGACAAGGUCGGGUCGGCGUGGACGGGGAUGCUCUUCUCGUGCAAGACGGAGGAGGAGCGGGCGGAGGCGGUGUCCCGGGCCGUGGCGGCGCUGGAGACCCUGGAGGGCGCGUUCGCGGAGUGCUCCAAGGGGAAGGCGUUCUUCGGCGGCGACGCCAUCGGGUUCGUCGACGUCGUGCUUGGCGGCUACCUCGGCUGGUUCGGCGCGAUCGACAAGAUCAUCGGGCGCCGGCUGAUCGACCCGGCGAGGACGCCGCUGCUGGCCAGGUGGGAGGAGCGGUUCCGCGCGGCGGACGCGGCCAAGGGCGUCGUGCCGGACGACGCCGACAAGAUGCUCGAGUUCUUGCCCACCGUGCUCGCUUGGAUCGCCGGCAAAGCGAAGUGAACUGUGUCUGUGAGGCCGUGACAUCGCCAGCUCGUGACAUGUGUGUUUGUGUGUGUCUGAGUCCGUCCAGUGUGUGCUGAAUAAAUGCACCGCAUGUCGUGUGUUGUACCAAGGGCAAACAAUGCUGAAUAAUUUUGCUGUUUGUUGA